UGCCAGGCUGGGCGUGGAAGCUGCUCGAUGCGCCAAAACCGAAAUUUCCUUUCGCGUUGAGCCGGACUUUUCCAUCCCCUCAUACUCGACAGUCUCCAAUCCACCACAACCCCGUCCACGUCCUUGUCGGCUGGGCGAUUUCUUUUUUCUUGCCCAAACCUCAUUAUGCACGCCUUUGUUCGGAAUGCGGCGUCCACAGAGACGGCUCUGUCGAGAGCGUCUUCACAGCUAGCCCAUGGCAGGUCACCCGCCUACAGGAGGUUAGCAUCCACUCUCCCACGCCAGUCUGCCCGAUCCGACGCCUCGAGUAUACGCUAUGGCCCUGCCUUCACCGCUCCUCUAUCGCCGCUUCGAUCUCCCUUCCUACCGGCUGAGUUGCGAUUGACGUCGGCACGCGCUUUCCACGCGAGCACCUCGAGAUACCAGGAGAAGCCCCCUGCUGCCGAGCCGAAGCCUACCGACACUGAGAAAAAGUCGGCACCAGAGUCCGAGCCCAAGCCAGAGGAAGAGGCCAAAAAGGCCGCCGGGGAGGGCGAGGAGGCUAAGAAGGAUGGUGAAGAGGGCGAGAAGAAGGAGGGCGAAGACGGUGAAGGCAAGGACAAGAAGAAGGAAGAUGCGCCGCCACCACCUCCUCAUGGUGACAAGACCCCUUGGCAAGUGUUCAUGGAGACAAUGAACACGGAGUUCCAGGCCUCCAAAGAGUGGAACGAGUCGACGAAGCAGCUUGGUGAUGCGGCGCACCAGUUCUCCGAGUCCGAGUCUGUCCGUCGCGCAAGGGAGGCGUACGAGAAGUCGACUGGUGCCAUGUCAAGCACCGCCUCAGCCGCGCUCAAAGGCACUGCCGGUGUGAUUGGAAAGGGUGCCGCUUGGACAUGGGACACCAACGUCGUCAAGGGUGUGCGCAAGGCGGCCAACGUGACUGGCGAUGCCGUCGACAAGGCCACCAAGCCCAUCCGCGAGACUGAAGCGUACCGUAACGUCAAGAACGUCAUUGACGAUGGAAGCUCAUCGCGCUAUGGUGGCUGGGUUGAGAAGGAGGAGCGCCGCAAGAGGCGCGAGGCUCUCCAGAAGCAGCGCGGCGCGUAUGGCAAGGUCAUGGUCGAGGAUCCUGAUGCUGGCACCAACGUGACGCUCCACAAGGACGCGGCCUGGAAGGAAGCGUGGCGCGAUUUCCGUGACCAAAGCAAGUUCGCUCAGAGCUUUUCCAGCAUGCGCUCCAAGUACGAAGAAUCUGAGAACCCUCUCAUCUCUACCGCGCGCAGCAUUACCGAUCGCAUCGGUGGAUUCUUCGCCGAGAAUGAGACCGCGCAGGUCAUCAAGCAGUUCCGUACCAUGGACCCCAACUUCCAGACCGAGCCCUUCUUGCAAGAGCUUCGCGAGUACAUUCUUCCCGAAGUGUUGGACGCCUACGUCAAGGGCGACACGGAGACCCUGAAGCUGUGGUUAUCCGCCGCGCAGUACUCGGUCUACGAGGCGCUUACAAAGCAGUACCUCCAGGCCGGCAUGAAGUCGGACGGGCGUAUCCUCGACAUCCGCAACGUAGACAUUCUCCGCGCCCGCAUCCUCGACCCUGGUGAUGUGCCCGUGUUCAUCAUCACAUGCCGCACACAGGAGGUGCACGUCUACCGCAACGCCAAGACCGGCGAGCUCGCGGCGGGCAUGGAGGACAAGGUCCAGCUGGUGACAUACGCGAUCGGUAUCACUCGCGUGCCAGAGGAUGUCAACAACCCCGAGACGCGAGGAUGGCGGUUGAUUGAGAUGCAGAAGAGCGGCAGGGACUGGUACUAAUCGCCUCGAGGCCACGACUGGAAAGUCGGGUCAAGGCGCAACAGGGAAUGGGUGUGUCGAUAUUGUACUAUAUGUUCCAAAAUACGGCGAUGGGAAGCAUCAAGAGGGAGCAGCAUCUGUUUCUUUUAUAACCACAGCAAAGCAUGGUUGAUCAACGGGGGGGGGGGGAAACACCGCUCUACUAGAAAGGGGUUAUGUUAUGUUCGCCGUCAAGGCGUGUACUGUUAUCAUGUAUAUGGAGUUUUCACCUGGAUAGAUCAGAGUGGGCGAUGAAUAAUACGCCGACAGGCGAGUUCAAUGUCACUUCAAUGACCCGGAUGUGUUAAGAUGAGAAUCAUGUUCGAUUCCUUUCCAAUAUACAGUUCAUACCAAAAAGAUUUCAAACCCAUAAACUCCCACGCAAUGCCAGUCUCGUUUCGUACACAAGAUUCCGUCCUACAAAUCAGUGAGGGAAAAAAAA